AUUCCAGUUGUUAUCUAGCCUUUGUAGCAUUUUAAAUUGUCUCUUGGCUCUAUGAUAUUUCUAUGACCAUGUACCACUGUAAACCGUCAAAGCAAAAACUCUGGUGUUAAUUGGUGUACAUAUAUAGGGAUGGGGAGCACCAGUCAUUUUACUCUGUUGAUAACAUUUGGUGAUAACACCUAUAAGGCCUUUGGGUAUUAUUGCAACAGAUUUGAUUAUAUAGCGAGUGGCGGGGGGGGGGGGGGGCACAUCAAGCCUUGUGAAUUCCUUCUGCACGAAAAUAACUCAAAUAAGUAUAUGUAUAUUGAGAGGGACACACCCCCACCCGCACUCCUGGAUAACUGCCUAUUCCAGUUAUUAUCUAGCCUUUGUGAAUCAUUUUUGCGUGGAGACAUCUUCGAAAAGAGGGAUUAUUGGUAUAACAGACAUAAUAGGAACAUAACCCAGACGUAUUCACAAGCGUGUUAAUAAGGAAAGGUGCUCAAUUUUCUUUCGUCACAAUGGGGACUACUCUGGCAUCACAAAGCGCCGUUCCAGACGUCGAUCUGUCCCAAAAGACUGCCAUUGUAACCGGAGCCAACACGGGAAUUGGAUAUGAUACUGCUAAAACGUUUGCCCAACUUGGAGCCAAGGUAAUUUUGGCAUGUCGAUCUGAAAGCAAAGCGAAAGAAGCGAUAGAAAGAAUGCACAAUGAGCACAAAGAGGAAAAGGCAAAUGGGAAGAAAACCAAGUUCAAAAUUAAGGCCGACGACCUUGAUAUUGGAUUCAUGGCCCUUGACCUCUCGUCUUUAGAAAGUACGAUGAACUUCGUAAAGGCAUUUAAAGCCAGGAAGACCCCUCUUCAUAUACUAGUGUGUAACGCUGGCAUGGCAUACGGAGGAGAAGUGAAGACAGUUGACGGUUUUGAGAUCCACUUCCAAGUCAAUUACUUGUCGCAUUUUCUCAUGACCCUUCAUUUACUUCCGGAAUUGAAGUCGGCGGGCCCUAACGCUAAGAUCGUAUUGGUGUCUUCAAUGGCCUAUCGCGGUGCACGAUGGAAAGAGGAUAAUUUGCAGGCAUUAAAUAGGGACCAACUCAGCAAAUAUGGAUUUACUAAGCUGUACCAGAUUAUGGAGAUGUUCACACUGGCCGACAAGUUGAAAGGAUCUGGGAUCGAUGUGUUUUCGCUGCACCCUGGUCUUGUAGAUACAGAUAUAACAAAGAAAGAUAAUCAGGAGAUAGCUUGGUUGAUGCGAGGUUUAGUGAGCGCACUAACUUAUAUGGGGCUUGCCCGAACCACUUUUGACGGAGCCUUGACAACUAUCCACGCCGCAAUCAACCCGGAGUUUGACGGCAAGACAGCAAUUUACUUGGAAAACGCAAAGGCAGCCACUCUCCAGAAUCCACUUGCGACGGACAAGGAGAAGCAGGCAUUUCUCUGGAAAUACAGCCUGGAUUGUCUGAAGGGUUACGUCACCGAAGAUACGCUUAAAGAACUGACGUCACAAUGAAGCUGAACCUGGAUCCUCGCUGGCAUGUCUGGUGGAGAAGGUCACACGGGCCUAACAACAACUGGCAGGCCAAAGAUAUUCAUUCGAGCUAACACAUUUUUAAAUUUGAUAUUGCUGAUUGACAAAAAUGAAUGAAUAUGAUUGACAAUCUAACACUGAUUUUAGGGAGGGUAAUUCUUUAUUCCAAAUUGGAAAGAUAUAUCACUACUUUGGAACUAUUGUUUUACUGGCGGAAGAAUUGGGGCCAUUUUACUCUCUCAAGUGAUGAAUUUGAUCCUGUCAGGUGUAGUCUUCAUAAAUGCCGAUUUAUUUUUAAAAUGAGCCGGUCGAGGUACCCUUUUCUGGUCAAAUAUGGAAUGUCAGACAUAAAUCCUGUCCACUGGUAGUAAACAUUCAACCCUCGAAUUUCCUCCUUAUUUGUUAUGAUUUUGUUAAGUGCCACUUUAACACACGAGUCUACGGGAAAUGAAUCAGGCCUGUGAUACCAGAAAGGCCAUUGUGAAUGAUCAACGCGCGGAUGCAGGAUUAUCAAUUACCUGUAGAAAGUUUCACAUGAACUACUGAAAGAAGAUCAAAUCACUCCUCAUUCCUGAGUUGGUAAAUUGCCAAUUCGUCUAUUGCCAACUCGUCCACACAUGUCUAAUGCCAUUCCGUCUAGCAACAUUUCGUCUAGCAACCAUUUGGGUCCAAUAUUCACUUCGUCUAAUCAUCAGUUCGUCUAUGAACAUUUCGUCUCAUAACCAGUUGGUCUAAUAAAUAUUUUUUUAUUUUCAUUCAUUUCGCCCAAUUAACACUUAGUCUAAUUAGACCAAAUGGUAUAUAGACCAAAUAUCUAUUACAACAACUGGUUAUUAGACGAGAUGAUGAGUGAACGAAAUUACAAUUAGACCAUGGGGAUAGUAAACGAACUUAUGGUAGACCAAGCGAUAGUAUAGACGAGUUGGUAAUUGGACGAAUUGGCAUUAGACCAAUUGAAAAUAAACCCCUGAGCCGAUAUUCAGAUAAUAACUUUGCAGAUUAGGCCUAAAUCUAAUCACGAUAUGGUUUAUUCUUGUUUCCUUUCGAUAAAAAUGAUAAAGAUGUCAACUUUAAUUGUACAAGGUGCAAGUAAAAUGGGUUAUUAAAUUGGUAAUUUUAUCAUCAUGCUUAAGAUCUGACAAGAAGGAACAGAGCUUCGAUGACAUAUUAUCAGUGUAUCUACAGUGUCGCAACAGUAGUACCUCGAUAUCUAAGAGAAUUCAGUGUGCAAGGCCAACUAUGCGAAUUGCCCCUGUCGCGGGAUAGGCAAACUGCUAUUAUCUAUCGUCUUUAAGAUGUUCUAACACAUGCCAGAAAUACAUAGAGAUCAUUCCAUUAAGGAUUUUCUUACUUUUAUAAAAAUUAUUUACCCCUUUAAUGUUUGUUGGAGUUGUGUUAUACACAACGAUUUAUUCCUUUCCCCUUCAUUUUCAUGACAAAAGGAAUAUAGAUUCUUCCUUAUCAUACACUAAUAUAUUCUUUUAAUGGUAUAACAUGUUCUUCAGAUUGAAACAAUUGGUAUGGAAAAUAGAAUGGUUCUUUAAUAAUGUUAUUUUUUCCCCAAUAUUACUCGAUAUUUUUUAUUUUGUAUAUGUUAUAUCAAAUGAAUAAAGAAGUGAGCAUGGUCAUAAUUAU